CGGGAUCUUUUCAUAAUGUUCUUCUGCUCCUUUCUUUCUCGGGCGAAACGUGAAGAAUACGAUGCUGUAGAAGAGGAGGUAGUAGAGGAAGUAGAGGUGGCCCCUGAGGCGGCCCCUGAGCCAGAGCCAGAGCCAGAACCAGAGCCAGAACCAGUGGUAGAACCAGAGCCAGAACCAGAACCAGAGCCUGAGCCUGAGCCUGAGCUUGAAGAGGGCCUUGACGAGGAAGAGGAGAAGCCAAAAUUCAAGCCCACUGCUCCAAAGAUCCCCGAUGGUGAGAAGGUGGACUUUGAUGACAUCCAGAAGAAGCGUCAGAACAAGGAUCUGAUCGAGCUGCAGGCCCUGAUCGAUGCUCACUUUGAGUGCAGGAAGAAGGAGGAGGAGGAGCUGAUCGCCCUCAAAGAGAGGAUUGAGAAGCGUCGUGCCGAGAGGGCUGAGCAGCAGAGGGUCCGCGCUGAGAAGGACAAGGAACGUCAGGCCAGACGUGAGGAGGAGAGGCGGAUGAAGGAGGAGACUGAUGCCAAGAAGAAGGCAGAUGAAGACGCCAAGAAGAAGUCAGCUCUGUCCAGCAUGGGCUCCACCUACAGCAGCCACCUGCAGAGAGCUGACCAGAAGAGAGGAGGGAAGAAGGAGACUGAGAGAGAGAAGAAGAAGAAGAUCCUGGCAGCCAGACGCAAGGCUCUCAACAUUGACCAUCUGAAUGAAGAGAAGCUGAGGGAAAAGAUCACUGAGCUGCACCAGUGGAUGACCCAGCUGGAGUCUGAGAAGUUCGACCACAUGGAGAGACUGAAGAGGCAGAAGUAUGAGGUUACAACCCUGCGUAAGAGAGUGGAGGAGCUCAGUAAAUUCAGCAAGAAGGGAGCCGCUGCUCGCCGCAGAAAGUAGGUUGGCCAGUCAGAAACCAAACUGCCACCGUCUGGGACACACACCUGACGAAGCAACGCGCCGUGUGUGGAAGGUCACGCUGAGCUUCAGUCGGCCGUUACCGACGCACACCCUGACACCACCCACCAGGAGCCUCUAGCUGCUGCUCACUAGGAAUGAAAUGUACUACACUGAUUCGCCGUCACGCUUCCUCGCCCUCCACUGUUUGGUUCUCAGUAUUUUUGUAAAUAAAGUGUGACUCCUCAA